AUGGGUCACUACCAUAUCCUGACGAUACAAGAUAACUUCUCCAAGCACUGCACCGCUGUACCCCUUAAGGAUAUCAAGGCUCACACUAUCGCUCAUACACUAGCAACCAAGGCAGUUCUCCCCUCUCCCAACGUUACCGACGAAGAUGAGCCAAUACAUACCUACAACGAUUACAUGGUAGACCUAAUUAAUAAAUUGCAGAAAAUUUACCAACUCGCCUUCGACCACCUAGAAAAGGCCAAACUACAUUCCAAGGGCCUUUACAACCGAAACGCUAGACCAAUAGACCUCAAAAUAGGGCAAUUUGUCUACGUCGAGAAGGAGCCCAAGAUUGGAAAAUUGGAUCAGGCCUACACCGGACCCGACGAGAUUGUCGACAUAACCGAAAAAGGAAACGUGGACAUGAGUACAGACGGGUCAGGACGCACACUAGUUUACGUCGAUGGCUCCUGCUCCUUUAACGGCUCAACCGAUGCCAAAGCAGGAAUCGGAGUCUGGUUCGCGGACGUUCACCCCCUCAACACCUACAAAACUCUCCAAGGUACACGGGCCACCAACAUCACCGCCGAAACAGCGGCCGCCAUCGAAGCAUGCCAAAUAUGUAUUCGCCAUGACAUUUCGAGAAUAGGAAUAAUCACCGAUUCCAAAUACCUCAUCAGCUGCAUGACUGAACACAUAAAGAAAUGGAAAACAAAUGGCUGGCUAAAUGCUAAGUCCAAGCCCGUUGUCAAUCAAACACUCCUGAAACAGCUCGCCGAACUCACCCGGAAAAUCGACGUCCAAUUCGAAUAUACCCCUGUCCAGGGAAUAUACGGGAACGAAAAAGCGGAUGAACUAGCAAAAAUAGGAUCAGAAAUAAUACCCACCGAACCUAACUAG